AUGGACGAAAGACAGCCAAUCUUGCAAAAGAAUACAUUCGACGCGUAAAAGAAAUUGCAAAAAUAAAAGAACAGUUAUGGUUUAAUCACAGAUGCAAAGAAAAUGAUCUACUUUCAGCCAGUCUCGCAAUUAAAUCGCCAUUAAAAACUGCCAAGGGAAUUAAAACGGUAAGACAAACUAGCAAAAAACUUGUUAUCGUAAGAAUAAAUGAUUGUCACAAGCGAAAGAGUAUUCAUGAAAAAGCGUACAGUGACAUUGAAAGAUACCUAGAAAGCAGUAUACCCGGAGAUUUGCCAGAUGUAGUUAAGAAUAUCGCAACAGAACAAUCUCGUAAAGUGAAAGAAGAGACGCAUACACGUUUGAACGAUAAAUUACUGGCGCUAGAACAGAAAGGACAUGUGAAUAAUAAACAGAAACCUCCUAGUAAUUUUAUCAAGAACAUAUCUAGCAGAGUUUUAGAUGAGCAUGAAAAGACCGUUUUGUCAUAUGGUAUGAAACAGUCGUUAGCACCAAAACGUUUACCCACGGCUAAGAUCCCUGCGAGUGUAGAAUCUGCUAUAUAUCGAGAGAAUCUUUCUGCGGAAGCGAAAGAAACAGUUCGGGCUAAGGUUGCGUCAACUCUUCAAACGAGUCAAAAACCAGUAAGCAAUUUAACUAAGGCUGAACGAGAAGCAUUGUCUAAGUUGCGAAAGGACGAUUCGAUUGUUAUUACACCAGCCGAUAAAGGUCGUGUAACCGUAGUGAUGGAUAAAUCUGAGUACCACAAAAAAAUGGAUACAACGUAACCUAAAUAAAAAACUUUGGCCGUUACAUUUAGCAAACAUUAUAAAGAAACCUUUGUACUCAAAACUUCGUUGUUCGGUUGCGCAAGCUCCAAAACUGUAUGGUUUGCCUAAAAUUCACAAGGAGAAUACACCUAUGAGACCAAUCGUGUCGUUUUGUUCAUCACCAACAUAUGAACUUUCAAAAUAUCUUGCACGCAUUUUGAAGCCUUUAACAGAGCGCUCGAAACACCGCCUCGUGAAUUCCGCAGAUUUCAUAACGAAAAUUCAAGCGGAGACGAUCAGUGCCACUCAUGAACUGGUCUCCUUUGAUGUUAAGUCUUUAUUCACAAGUAUUCCAUUAAAACUAGCAAUUGAGUGCAUGGAAGAGUCCUUAGCUAACUAUGAUGAUGAACUUCCAAUCCCGCAGGAAAAGAUCAUAGAGAUAUAAUCUGGAGAUAUAACAAGGUACAAACUAUUAUGUGACAAAGUUACCUCACUUGUAUCAAAUGCGAAAAAGAAUUACUAUCAACUAAAAGCAGAGGGUACACGCGAAACGAAUCCGGCAAAGUGGUACAAAACCAUAUUUGAACUUGCUGCCGCUAAUGACUGUAACUCUCAACCACCAGCUGAUGCAGCAGACUUAGCGGAACGCCUGCAACAAAGCUUCACCAAACCUUGGCCGAAUGCCAACCCCACUGAAAUUCCGGACGUUGGGGAAAUUGAACACCUACUUAAGAAUGAUACCAGUCCCCCGUUGCCUUCCAUCGGACAAAUUAAGGCUACCCUUAAACAUCUAAAUCCCAGGAAGGCCACUGGCUCAGAUGAGAUCCCUCCAUGGUUACUGAAACGUUACCAUGAAGAACUUGCCCCUGUUAUUCAUAACAUCAUAUGCUCUAGCAUCUCCCAGGCUAAAUACUCAACCCUAUAUAAACACGCAUUGGUCACCCCAGUGCCUAAAAUAUUCCCUCCUAAUGACAUGGAUAAUGAUUUUCGCCAAAUCUCAGUAUUACCGCAAUUGGCUAAAGUCUUAGAAAGCAUCCAACUUAAAUUAAACAAAGGGGACCUUAAGAUCAAGGACAAUCAACAUGCAUUUACACAUGGUAGAUCAACAGUAUCUGCACUGGCGAGCAUCACCCAAAAUUGGUUCAACAAGACUGAAAACUCACGUGAUGGAAGAAUGGGUAUCCACGCCCUAUUUAUUGACUUUUGCAAAGCAUUUGAUCUGGUGGACCACGGAUUGCUUUUAAGGAAGCUCGCCAAAAUGAACGUGUCGAAAAGCUUCUGGCUAUGGACACGGAGCUUUCUAGAAGGGAGGAGUCAGCAAGUAAAAUUACAAGGUACUCUGUCAUCUAUAAGGCCUUGCCCUUCCGGAGUCCCCCAGGGAUCUGUUAUAUCACCAACAUUGUUUAAUGUUCAUGUGGAUGACCUCGAAGACUGCAUUCCCAAUUAUCUGGACAUCAAUACGCACAAGUACGCAGAUGACUGCACUCAAGAUGAAGUGAUUCCAUACGGUUCUACUAGCAACAUGCAAAAGGUGCUCGAUGCAAUAAACGACUGGGCACAUAGAAACAAGAUGAAACUUAACGCGAAAAAGACGAAAGACAUGUGGAUCUGCUUUAAAGCUGCAAUUCCGGAACCACCACAUUUAAAAUUGGCGAUGAUGCAAUUGAAAGAGUAAAGUCAUUCAAGUUGCUAGGUCUUUGGAUUGACAAUACCCUUAAAUGGAACACCCACAUUGACGAAAUUGCAAGGAGGGCAAACAAACGCUUAUUCUACCUACGAGUGUCGUCGAGCAGAUCUACCAACUAAUGUGGGUUUGACGUGCUAUGAAUCCAAAUUAAGACCGGUUUUGGAAUAUGCUGCCCCAAUUUGGGGUGGCCUGCCACAAUACCUUACUGACGAACUGGAGAGUAUCCAGAAUAGAAGCCUGAAAAUUUUGGGUCUACCUCCUGAUUCUCUUCAAUCUCUAGAACAACGUCGGGAUAAACUUUCAAUUCGCGAGUACGAGAAAAUCAUUAAUGACGAAACACACCCAUGGAGGAAGUACAUACCAGACAUGGUGACGAACAAGUAUGACCUAAGAACACCAAAAACUCUUCCCGGAAUUUUCUCAUACACUAAAAGGCAUGAACUAUCGUUCAUUCCCAGAACAAACUCAUUAUUAUAGACAAUAUUUUUAUAACUAUUCCUACAAUUUUUAUCUGUACAUAUAACUACUAGACUACUACUUAGAUUUUCACUGUAAAUCCAUUGUAUUUUUACACUAAAGAUGGAUCAAUAAAACUAUUAUUAUUAUUAUAGACCUACUCAAAUAAUGUUUAGAGUCUACAUUUUUUCAGUACAACGGAAGUUUCUACCAACAACUUCAUGGCACAGCAAUGGGAUCUCCAGUUUCCGUAGUCGUAGCAGAGAUUGUAAUGCAACGGUUAGAAGAACGAGCAUUGUCCUCUUACCCAAACCCACCACCUUUUUGGUUUCGCUACGUCAAUGAUACCUUGACGAGUGUCGAUAAACAUCAGAAAAACGACUUUGUUGAUCACCUCAACAAACAAAACCCCAGUCUACAGUUCACUAUGGAACCUGAGAAAGAUGGUAAGAUAGCUUUCCUAGACUGCACGAUAACCAGAGACGGCAAUUCCCUUCGAACGAGUGUCUAUCGAAAACCCACCAGCACCAGCCGUUUAUUAGAUAAUUCAUUCUACCACCCAACCUCGCACAAGUCAGCUACAAUAGCAACCUUAGUGAAGAGAGCGCAUGCAGUUUGCAGUUCUAGUGAAACCCUCGAAGAAGAGAUGCAGCACCUUGAUAAAGUUUUUACCAUCAACAAAUAUUCUAAACCUUUUGUGAACAAC